CCGUGAGAAAGCGAGUAACAGCUGGGAGCAAAGUAAAUGUCAAACCACGUACUACUAGUCUAGAGAUAUAGUUGCUUUUACUUCUUACUCUGGCAACAUCAAAAUUCGUCGGUCUAUCCGAACUCGAAGCCUGUCUUCCAUGCGCUGCUUGCGCCAGCUCUUUCUCGUUUCGCUAGGUGUCACAGCAUGGGCUCUACACGAAUCUGACGUGGGUGUGGUGGAUUGGAACACGAAAUUAAUUGGCGUACCAUUAUAUGGCUCUCCGCAUACCGCACCUGCAUUUCAUGGUGAUUAUGUUCUGACGACUACAAGCAACAACGUCUUGGCAGCAUUGAACGCCACGGAUGGCUCAAUAGUAUGGAGAAGUAUAUAUGAUGCGGAGGAUCCGAUCAUGGCCUUCAGCCGCCAUGAUAAUAGCGUAUCUUCUUUAUCUGGACCGGGAGGGUCAACUUUGCGCACGUACGACCUGGAAACUGGCCACCUCAUACUGGAGAAGCAGCUACAUAGCCCAGUAGAUGGACGACUCCACGAACCCCAAAACCUGGGAAUUUCGCUACUGCGCUCUACUGACCCCUCCCUCAACUCAACGGCAUAUUUCGCAUUGACGAACGGAGACUCCGUCACCCGUCUAGACGAGACUGGGGAAAUUCUAUGGACAUGGAACUCUCCUGAUCAAGGGUCCUUGGUCUUGUAUUCUCACAUCAUCGCUGACCCUUCAACGGUGUAUCUCGUGGGACUCGCGAAGUCAAUUGCGUCCUACACUCUGCACGUGACGACCUUGUCAUCGACCACAGGCGAAGUCAUCGCGUCUGUCAACAUUCCGGCGAACAUAAAAGACGGCCAAUCACAAUUCGUCGCGGUUAGCUCCCAGACAGGACUAACAACAGCUGCCUGCAUUAACUGGCUUGAAGAUGGUGCUCUUAGAGCAGCCGUAUUAACGCCUGAUUUGAAGGGUCAAGUUAUGGCUCUUCCGGGUGUCAAGUACCACAGCAUUCGUCACUUCGGUCUUUCGACCAACGGUCAAUUUCUCGCAAUCACAGACGGAGGCGCUACGCACGUUAUACAUUUUGACGCACAGACAUCUUCACUUCGCCCAAUCUGGGAAUUCGGUGACGCAGCCCCUUCGCCGGCGCAAUCGGACUCUCAUUUCGUAGGAAGCCUUGGUCGAGAUGGCCAACCACGAAUUGCGCGUGUUUAUUGGUCGAACACUCACAAUAAAGCCAUCCACCAAACUCUUGCCAUCCAAUUAUCUGAAGGCAAGGGAUCAGCCUCUGGUUUUGGGUUUCCCUUCCAGACGCUUGACCAUGGCGUCGUCCGACACGUGAGCACAAUCUACAAUUAUUCCAGGGAAAAAUCUCAUUUAUAUAAUACUCGCAUGUUGUUGACCACUUCGACAGGUUCAAUACAGCUUUGGCAACAUGACAAAAUGCAGUGGGUACGGGAAGAAGCACUGGCAUCUAUUCAAGUCGCAGAAUUCGUCGAACUGCCCGAGAAGAAGAUUGUCAUGUCCCAUGCUGCUGUAGAUGAGGAAGGAUACUUUGAGCGCCUUCAUCGUCAGCUAUCUGACGUAAAGAACCUUCCCCAGUACUUAGCAAACUUUGCUAGACGCUUUGCGACUGGCUCAUAUGCCACUGUAUCUGCGUCGGCGGCAUCUCCCUCAGCGGAAGAUACGCUCACGCGUGACGCUUUCGGCUUCCGACAGAUCAUUGUAGCCGCUACAUCGUAUGGUAAACUCUUCGGCAUCGACUCCAGCAAUGGUCAAGUCUUAUGGAGUCGCGUGCUCGGCCUUGGUUGGGCAGCAAAGGUUGGAGGAACCAUAAUCCCUAUCAAGAUAUUUGUCACGCGGACAGUGAGCGACCCAGAAGGACCUCAAAUAGUGCUCGUCACACAACGUCGGGCUGACAACUCUCUUGUUGACACUGUGCUAUUCCACGUGAAUGCACUCACGGGGGACGACGUCAGAGAGGAUCCGGGCCCAAACCGGACAAUAGUCAUGCUCGAUGAAUACCUCCAGACCCGCCUUUAUCCAGAAACGCCAUCGGCUUUGGCUGAGUUCGAGUCGUUCGUCCCGUCCAUACAUCUCGCUCUCCGCGCGGGUGUUCCUGGUCAGCGCCAGAUUUUAGGCCAUCAGCUCACCCUUAACCCCGAGGUGUCCCAGUUCCAUGUUGCCUAUCCAACAUGGACAAUUUCGCUGCCGCCAAAAGAGGAAAUUCGCGUCAUCAUUCCGAACACACGGGGUCCCAUUGCAUCGAUUGGAAAUGUCCUCGGAAACCGUAUGACGCUGUAUAAGUACCUCAACCCACACCUGACGCUGGUCCUCACAUCUUCCUCGCCAUCCCGGACGUGUGGGAUAUAUAUGUUGGACGUGGUCAAAGGUAGUGUGAUUUACCAUGCCAGCGUUCCUGCUGCCGGUGGUGUAUGCGACGUGCAAGCGGACUCUUACCGAGAACUGGCUGGUGUACCAUUACUUCGACUGAUGAACUUGCCUGGAGUUGGGCAGAGCAAAGGAAAUAAAGUCAUCUCUGUUGAGUUUUACGAGGGUGAUGGUCCAGAUGAUAAGACAAGAAGCUUUCAGUCGUAUUCCAACAAGACGCUGCACGUCAGCGCGUAUGAACAAGCAUUCAUCAUGCCUCACGGUAUCACUGCUAUAUCGCCAACCUUGACAAAGUUUGGAAUAUCAACGAAGGACAUCAUAGUUGCAAAUCGCAAGAACAGCAUUCAGUCUAUUCCCCGGCGAUUACUCAAUCCAAGACGUCCGAAGCACAAGCCUACUAGUGAAGAGCAGGAGGAAAUGCUCGUACAGUAUGAUGCUGCGCUGCCAGACGACGCCCGACUCGUGCUCUCACACAACUACGAGGUUGCAAAUGUCCGCCGCAUCGUUACCUCUCCAUCUCUGCUGGAGUCCACGUCGCUGGUCUUUGUCUACGGCCUGGACCUCUUCUUCACGCGCAUCGCGCCUUCGGGCACGUUUGACGUCCUCAGUGAGAAUUUCAAUAAAGUGCAGCUUGUGCUGACGGUUGCUGGGCUGGGGAUUGCGAUUGUGGUGACGAAGCCUAUGGUGCGACGGAAACGGUUGCGCGAGCGUUGGUACCAGUAGCUUGCCCUUAAGUAUUGUACUUGUUCCGAAAUGCAAGAUCAUAUAGACCAGGGUUUGCGAGUGCCUAUAAAA